AACCCACGUCUUCGCUUCUUCUGACUUUCCCCCCUCCCCUGGUCCUCAACUUCUCUUCUCGGUCUCGCUCUGAUUUCCUUCUCCUCGGCUUUGUUUCUCUUACUCAUUCCUGGCCUUCUUUGCUGCUCUUUUCACAUCUCAGGUACCUUAUUGCUCUCAAGCAAUCUCCUCGUUAUUGAAUCAAAGCAAAUAUGAUGCGUGCAAUCACGCUGGCUCUAUGUGCUGUACAGAUAUCCGCUUUUUCUGUUCCGCUUAGAAUGACUGCAAUGCCGUGGCCAGUGAGAGCACUGAACGAUGCGGUGAAGACAGCACAAGUUGUCAACGAUGGGUGGCAGCGACACGAUGAUUCUAUGGCAAAGAUUUUGUUGCCGAUUGCAGAAUCAAAGCAUUCCAUUAUAAAUGACGGGUGGAUUGCUCAUGACAAGGCUAUGUUUGCCUGGAUCCUUGGCUCAAGCUCGAAAGACAUGCAACUGGAGUCGACGGCAAGGCCAUUGCAGGUUUGGACAAUCGCCCUCGAAGAUGCCUGGAACGCACAUGACCAUGCGGUCUUUAACGCCAUGACUGAGAGAGGAGGACUAUUCGAAAAGAUGGACGAUGCUUUUAAGAUGACUGAGAGGAUGCUGGUGACGAUCACCCAAGGAACUGAGAUGUCAAAUGCCGCGAUCCUCAUGCACGAGGCUGCAAUGAAGCGAGGAUCCGAGGGCAUCGUUCAGGCAAAGCGAAUCAUGCGACAGGCCUCGACUACUCUUCUCAGAGAGAUGCAGAAUGCUGAAUUGUACGACUCGAAUCCUUCUAUGGAGUACAGCAUCUAAUACGACAGAUUCUGCUCUGACGUUAGCAAACUCCACUGGCUGCCAUCCCGCUCUGACGUUAGCAAACUCCUCUGGCUGCCAUGCUUAUGAAUAUGUUUGAGCUGCAUAGAUAAUUUAGCCUUUUGCUGCAUAAAAAUUGACAUCUGAC